AUAAGCAUACAUUAAGUGUCUGUAUUGUUUAAUUUCAUAACAUGUCUAGUAAAUGAAACUUUUCUUGUAUAUGCGUAUCAUGAUUCUACAAUAGGUGUUAAAUUGGUAAAUUGAAACAUGGACAACCUGAUUAAGGCAGAACUACUUAAAGGACUUUUAGGAAAUCCAGUGCAUAUUCCAGCAUGGUACCCUUAUGACGAAGAAGGAUCUCGGUUAAAUGAUAUUUGUAUGGAACAGUGCAGAUGGUACUACUUUCAUCGUUUUGAAAUGAAAAUUCUGAAUGACAUUUUAACAGAAUUAAUAGAAUAUUUGAAAGAUUCGAGAAUGCUUGUUGACCUUGGUAGUGGAAAUGCAACCAAGACAAUGUUGAUCUUAGAUAGACUUUUAAAGACGCAUGAAUCUCUAACUUACGUCCCAGUAGAUAUUUCUACAGAAUUUCUCAACAAAACCGCUGCCAACCUGAAAACAAUAUAUGGAAAUAAAUUAGAAAUCCAGCCAAUCGGAGAGGAAUACAUGGUAGCACUGAGAAAAAUAAAGUACGUUUUCUAUUCUGUCUAUUUACUGUUCGGAAACAAUUUUAAUUGGUUUACAAAAAUAAUUGUAUGGUUUGGAAGUUUGCAGAGUUUAUCGUAUGGAAAGCAGUUAGAUUAUCUAUUGGAAAUACGAAACACUAUGCAAGUCGAUGACAAAUUAUUGAUUACAUUAGAUGUCACAGACACUACUUGUAAACAGACGAUAGAGCUUGCCUACCUAGAUCCUGAAGGAUACAGCGAAAAUUUUCAUCUGAAUUCCAUCCAUCGCUUGAACAGGGAAAUGAAUGCUAAUAUUGAUAUAUCAAAGUUUAAAAUUAGGAAUGAAUUGGUUGUGAAUUCAAGGUCAAAUAAUUGUAGCUACGUGAAUGUGUGGAUAGAGGCAAUCGAGAAUUGUGAUGUUCACAUAGGACAAUUAGAUUUAACCAGGGAAUUUCAAAAGGGAGAACGAUUGUACCUCCACGAAGAGAACGGAAUAAGCUGCAAAUAUACUAUUGAACAAUUAGAAUAUCUCUUGAAUAAAGCGUCACUGGGAAUGGAGAAAUACUGGAGGAACGAACAUGUGGCAGUGAUAUUAGUGAAUCGGAAAUAA